AUGCCUGUGCUGCGCGACCUCGGAACCGCCCCCUGCGAAGAAGGCAUCUUUGAGAACGGGUUGGGAUCGGACCAUUUGGAAGGGCGUGGCGACGACAGCAACACGACGCGGGCAUCCUACGCCUCUUCUCCGCCCGUGCGGGAACUGUCGACUACAGCGUCCGGAGUGACCACGUCGUCGUUGAAGGCGGGACUCAUGAGUCGCGGCGAAGACGGGGCUGCGUCGCCCCGCGAAAACCUGUACACCGUGGAUGAUGAGGCGCGUUCGAACGGCUCGGAUGCGUCUUCGCCAGUCGCCGGCGAGCUCAAUCGCAGCGAUGGAUGCGACAAACAAGACCUCAGUGGAGCCCAGAGUCCCCAGGCGUCUCCGUCUCUAGGUGCGUCGCCCGCAGGCGCGCCGGGGAAGACCGGCCAGCCGGCGGUGGCAGGCGAGAAAGGCAAGAAGAAGAAGCGCGGGAACAGCGGCCGCGCAGCUAGCGGCGUCGAGGGGACGGAGGCUGCCUCGCCACUCGCCGCGAGCGGGUCGGGGUCCGGCCCCAAGGCCAAGUGCGGGGACAAGAGCCCAGUGUCCCCUCGGCAGUCAGGACAGGCGGCGCGCUCGGGUGGGCGACGAACCGUAGGCGCCAGCGGCUCGCCGGCGUACUUUAAUGGCCACAAAAGCCGAGGCGCGCUGCCGCAUCCGCCGUCGCCGCCGUCACCCGGGGCUGUGAAUGUUCCGCCUCCGCCGCCGCUUCCACUCCCCUACGAGAUGAUGCACGUUCCUCAGUUGUCUUUUCAGCCGAUCCCGCCGCCGACCCCCGCGCCGGUUGUCGCGCCGGAGCCGAGUGAGUUGGCGGCGGCUCUCGAGGCGCUCUUUACUCAGGAAAACCUGCAGCGAGACCGGUUUCUGGCGACCAAGAUCAAGCCGGGAGAUCUCCUUCUGGACGUCUCCGUGCUGCUGGCUCACCCGACCGUCUCCGCGUGGAACAUCUCGCCGGAGGAAAUCGAGGCUGCCCUAGAGCGCUCGGCACUCACGCUGUCUGAACGGACGGUCGAGGCAGCGAAGGGAGAAGAGGAGAAGGAUCAAGCCGAGGGAAAGAAGGACGAAGGGGAGACAGGUGACCGAGGCGAGAAGAAAACGGUGAAGUGCAUCGCUCUGGGAAACCUCCUCGCCGAAACCCGGAACACGCUUGUGUUCAGAGACGUCCCCGAGAGCCUCAGUGAAGAGGCGCUCCGCCGUGUGAUCGAGAGCGCGCCUGUGUUCGAGAAGAAGAAGGAACGUGGCGCGGCGGCGGAGGGCGAGGCUGACGAAGGGAAGCAGGCGAAGGAAGACAAAGAGUCGCCGAAACAGGAAGACACCGACGCUGCGGGGCCGGUUCGAAGCAUUCGGAGAGAGGUCAACAACACGUGGUUUGUCGUUGUCGAAGACGAAAACGUCGCCCAGGAACUUGCACUUUGGCUGCGAACUCAACAAAUCGACGACAAACCUAUUCGAGUUGGAAUCAAGGCGACGCACUCCCUCCAACGCAUCGUCUCGUCGGCUCAACAGUACCCCACGGCUGCGCUGGGGUCGGUUUCCCAUCCUGCGUUCGCACCGCUGGCCGGUGUCCCGGUGUCGGCACGGUACGGCGCGCAUCCUUUGGCAGGGUAUCCUGCGGGGUUGCCCGGGGCGCCGCCCAGGAGGUCCGGCGCGGCUCACAGUUCCCUUCCGUUGACUUCUGCGCGAUUCGUGCCCCAAUUUCCGCCGUGCACCAUGCCGUUUAACGCCGGCGUCUUCCACGCCGCACCCCCUGCGUAUGGCCGCACGCAGCCUAUGCCGCCGAGUCCGGCGAACUACGCAGGCUCCGGCGUUGCGUCUCGGCCCCCGGCCUACGAUGCGGCUUCGCGCUCCCCCGGCCUUCGUCCGUUUGCGUCACCUGGCCAGGCGGGAAAGCGCGAAAAGGCGAGCAGCGGGAAAGGCGGGAAGGGUGCGUCUUCUGCGAGCGCGGCAGCUCAGACUGCCGCGCGCGGCGAAGGGAAACCGUCGUCUCGGAACUCAGCGCUCCCGGCUUCCCCACAUCCUGCACUGCGUGGACCGUCUCCGUACAUGGCGCCCACGCCCUGGAUCCCCUUCGACCUCUCCUGGGGCUCGUCCACAGCUCCCGUCCCUCCUCCAGGAUGGCAGGCGGGGACUGUCCCUGCUGGCGGGCUGCAGGUUCCGGGGAGCGCGCAGCCGCUGAUGCCAGGGAUGGCGCCUGAGAAGGACGCGGGGCCUGACGGCGGCGUGUCGCCGUCGGACGCCACGCUCUCUUCCCUGACAGGCGAGACGGCGACGUCGAGUCCGCCGCCUCCAUCCACGAGAAACGACGGCGGCGAACGCGCGGGCGCCGCAGCCGGGGAAGAAGUGAAGGACGGCGCGGGCGCUGCCGAGCACUCCGGUGCGCCGGCUUCGUCUGGAGAAAAGCCUUCCGAGAAGAAAGACGACGCGGCCGACCAGUCGCCAAGUUCACCUGGGAGUCAGGCAGCCGCACCGGCCCUCACCAACAGCCCGGCAGCCGCGUGCCCGUGGGUUCCGACCCAGCCGUGCUACUACGACCCCGUUGUGCUCUCCUCGUACAACGGGGGCUACCUUCCGACCUACGACGCCGCGAACGCAGCCACCGCGUACGGCUGCUGGGCGCAGGGAAGCGCUCUUGCGGGCCCGGGCGCUGCGCCGCCCAGUGGAGGCGAGAGCUCAAGCGGAGUUCACGGGUCAGGGCGAGGAGGCAGCGCUUGGCGCGCCAGUCGAGGCGGCGGCUUCGGAGCGGCCGCUGGAGCUGCGGGCUCGACGGCUGCUGGGAAACCCAAAGAGACUCGGUGGAACGCGCAACCGCCCAGCAGUCGAGGCCAGCAGAGCCAGGCAGCCGCCGCUGCCGGGGGAUGGACACUGGUCACUGGGAGGAAGGGCAAGGGAGUCCCCAUAAAGGAGGGAGACUGGAGUGCGGCGUCGCCUGCAACCUCCGGGGGCGACCAAGAAGGACAAGGCAGACAGUCGACAUCGUCUCGGUCCCAUAACAAUGGAACGAGUUUCACUUCAUCUGUGGAACACGCCUCGCUUGGCUCAUCUCGCAAAUCAAGGGGCGGAGCAGGGUCAGUCUCCUCGUCUCCGCACAUGUCGGGGGCGCCGUUCCUCGGAGGCGGCGAUUUCCCGUCGCUCACUGCGGCUGCGAGCGCGCGGCCUGCGAAGCCGUGCGGCUACAAGAAAGCUUUUAGGAAUUUCACGGCUGCCGAGGUAGUCGAUAUUUGCAGCAACUACGAGGCGGCGUGUCCGAACGGCAUCGAGAUUCCGCAGGACAUCCGUGAUCUCCCGCAAACCGGCUGCUUCUUGGCGGUAGAUACACCGAGGCAGGGCGCCGCAUGCUGGACAGCCUUCACAGCUCGUCAGCGUCAAAAGGACGUUUCUUCUUCGGCCGAUUCCGCUGGCCACGCGGGAGGCUCCAAAAACGGCGGAAAGUGCAAGAAAAACGCGAAGCAGAACGCGGCAGGUCUUGCGACAGGCAAGGCUGAGGAAGGACGUCCGGUGGACAAAAAGGGCGAGGCUUCGAAGGCGCCGCUGAAGGGCGAGCCCACGGAAAAGGCGACGAACUUUGCAGCGAAGGAGAAGAAUGAAGGGAACCCCUCUUCUGAGGCAAGUGGCCAAGGACAGGAUGUUUUUUCCCUUCUGAGGGCGCACCAAAAAGAGGCUGAAGGUGGACAAGAGAAGGCAACAAAUGGCGUUGCUGAACGCUCGGAGACUGGCCACGCGGCGUCGAAGCAUGAGGAGGCAGUGCUCCUGUAG